AUGAGGAACGAAGAGAAACCGAGGCCGGUGAGGAAGGCGUUGAGGGACGUUUCGAACAGCCACGGCGGCGGCGGAAGGUCCUCGAUAUUGGCGACCACGGCGAAGAAGAAAGACAAGAAAACGGAGAGGCCGAGGGUCGAACACAAAGAAGAGGGUCCAAACGACGUCGCUUUGGACCGCCUCUUGCUCGUUCAGUCCGAUCUAUCCGCCCUAAUUAAUCAGAUUGAUCAACUAGUUGUGGAGGCGUUUAAAUGCAAGGCAGGAGCAAGCAAAGAAGUUGAAUCCUUCUCACAUUUCUUAUCUGAAAUGCAUUCAUCUUUGAAGCCGUGGGUGCCGAGGUUUCAGAAGGCUCUCUCUGGUACUGGAGAAGCUGCGAUUGUGAGUGGAAACGAAAGUGGUGAGAUUAGGAGUCCUGAAGUUGAGAGGAAGGAGGUUGAGAGCCUGGAAGAGUCGGAUUUGGAGUCGUUGAUCUCGCCUUCUCCCCUUGUUUCGUGGCGUGCUGACUGUACUAUCCAGAGAGGGAAACAGCUGUUUAUGCUUACGCCGCUUCCCAUAUCAAAGUCCCUGUCGUCCAAGCCCCCAAUGCAUUCCAAGCCUUUGGUGUUUGAGAGGGUUACGUCUAGUACUAGUGAUAGGCUACCAUUUUUUCAUACUACUAGGGGUGAUACAAAUGCUGAUUUACGUGGACGUGCCGUAGAGCCUAUAUCCUCUAAACCUUCUGAUUCAGUUGUUACUGAGUCUGGUGUUGAAUCUACACCGCUGUCAAAGAUUGGGGGCUCCAUGGUGAUGAAUUUGAUGACUCCAUGCUUAAAGUCUCCUCCUAAAUCUUGUGUGCUGCUUGAACCCAUUUCGGACUCCUCCCCUAAGGGACAUCACCUGGUUUGUAAUCGUAAGUCUACCCCAUAUCCUGCUGGAAUCAGAUAUGCUGGUGAUUCCUCUAGCAGUGAUACCUCUGACGAUGCAGAUGCCUCACCAGAUUGGUGUAUGUCACCCCCUAAAUCUUGUGUUUUACUGGAGCCAUGUGAUGUAAAGUCUUCGGAUGAAGAAGGUCAUAUUCAAGAUACACAACUGAUUGGGCCUCUUUCAAAAGAAAGUGAGGAUGUAGGAGGCACUCAACAAUACAAGAAAGAGCCUGUAGGUGGUGGCAGAUUUGCUGUAGAAAGCACACCAAUAUGGAAACAAGCUGGAAGCGUAGUAGUUCACAAAGGCAAACAUCCUGGUGAGAAUACUUUAAAGAGGGAGUUGUGGAUGAAGUUUGAAGCAGCUUCUACAAAUGAGCUUAGUAUUGAUGACUCUUACCAGCUAGUCAGCUACCAGAGCGAGCUUUUGAAGUCAGAUAUGAAACCUGAAGUUACAGAUGAUAAGUGUGCCUGUAUUCUAGUGCCAGCUAGGAGAGGCCGAGAGGGUAGCAUUGAAGUGUAG